CUGUGUGUCAUCCUGGAGCCCAUGCAGGAGCUCAUGUCCAGGCACAAGACCUACAACCUCAGCCCUCGGGACUGUCUGAAGACGUGCCUGUUCCAGAAGUGGCAGAGAAUGGUGGCCCCGCCAGGUAACGGUUAUACUGCCUUGCUAACCAAACACACUUUAAAUGGCACCAUAUUCCAGAUAUAGUGCACUACGGGACACAGACAGUUAGUGAGUGCAUACAUUAUUCUUUUUAUAUAUAUAUAUAUAUAUAUAUAUUAAUUUUCUUUACUGACCCCCCGUGGGAAUCGAACCCACAACCCUGGCGUUGCAAACGCCAUGCUCUACCAACUGAGCUACAUCCCUGCUGGCCAUUCCCUCCCCUACCCUGGACGACGCUGGGCCAAUUGUGCGCCGCCCCAUGGGUCUCCCAGUCGCGGCCGGCUACGACAGAGCCUGGAUUUGAACCAGGAUCUCUAGUGGCACAGCUAGCACUACAAUACCACUGCGCCACUCGGGAGAUAUAAUGACAAUGGUUAGAUUGUUACAUUUCUAGAGGCCAUGUUGAAAGAACAGAGAAUGUAAUGAAUUGGUAUUUCUAAAUAUGUAUUAUAUUGCGUAAUACCUCAAAUGUGUUCUCCCUGUCAGGAAUCAGGAAAUCUAUCAGGAAUUCCUCUGGAAUUUUUAUUUGAAUAGACUGUAACUGGCCAUUUCAGGGUUUUAUGAUUGAUGUUCGAAGGCUGGUUCUUGAAAAAUAGUUGGCUUAAACUGGCUGUGCAGUAUUAAAGCUGGAGUAGAAAUGAGAAGGAGUUUUUGAAAUAUUCAAGGGCUGCAAAUUACUGCAAUGUUCGCCAGGGCAUGACAAGACGUCUUAAAAAAGCAACACAAGUAGAAAGCCUUUGACUCAGACCUGUGUAGUGUGUGAGGCUUGUGAGCUUUAAUUAAGGGUGCCUGGUGUAAUCAAACUACAAGAUCCAACUCCCUCGCUGAUAGCUCCCCAGAGGUUUGUAUUCUCACUUUGGAUAAAAAUGUUGUUUUCACUGUCAAUGAACGUAGAAUCUUCUUGAACAGACGCUUUGAAAAAGGAGAAGUUGAACUGUCAAUGUCUAAUUGUGCACAAGGAGAUACAUCUCUGUUCAAUUCCAUGUUGUAUAGUAUCAGGGUUCAGUGAAAAAUGUUUAAGAUGCCAAACGUAUCAGCUGUAUAGGAGCUGAUAGCAGCUUUGGGAUCCAGAACCCUCUGUGUAUGUCUUUACAUAUUGCCUUGACUCAAUACCUAUUUCACUAGUGGACUUUAUGCUUAACAUUGUAUUGGGUGUAUAGCAAAGUUAUAAGAAUGGUAACUUUUAUCAUUUGAUACAGAUCUAGGAUCAGUUUAGCUGGUCAUAAAUCUUUCGUGUGCCACUACAGUUCGUCUGUCCGCCUGUGUUUUUAAAGGAAACCAAACUGAACUAAGCUGGUCUAAUAAUUGUGUAAUUGUGGUUUCCUUAUUAGUCAAGUUUGUCAUCUUUCCUCCAAUUCUUCUCGGACCUGGAAAAUUGUUAUGUUUUAGCGAGGAAGGAAGCACGGAUGCAUUUAUGCACUGAUAAGUCUUUUUGAUGGAAAUGGACGGGUUUUAGUGCGUCAUUUGUUCGACAUCGACGUAAACAGUCGUGAUGCCAGAGAAGGUUGUUUCUGACAAUGGACAUCAUGUUCCUGUACCCGGGUUUGUCAAAGUAGUGGAUGGGAAUUGGUAAUAGACUUGUCACAGUUUUGAUCGUUUCUCGUGACAACCUUAGACAUUACAAUUGAGUAGUAAUAGAGAAGUUGAUUUGUUUCUGGGUGCAGAGAUCACACUUUUGAUAAUAAUAGGUGUAUGUUCCUCAGUUAUGUUAUCUUUUCAGAUAAAUUAUAUGUCGCUGGUUGCCUUUGAAUGCUAAAGCAUCUCCCUUGGUGUGAUUAGUAUAAGACAUGCAUUUCAUUUUCAGACAUAUUUUUGAAGAUCACAGAAAUGUUGUUUUUCCCCCACUGAGAUUCAGAGGAAUAACAUUCUCUCUUACAAACACUUGGUGAAAAUAGCUAAAUACAUUUAUUCAUAAAUUAUGUAAAUCAGAAACAGAUGUAAGUGCUGUUAAGAUCUCUACUUAACCUAUUUUAUUACCUUACACAAAAUUAAUGAUCAAGGAUAUACACUUUAUUUAAUUUCAUAUUUUAUUAAUUAAUUAAAUGUCUAGCUCAUAAUAAAUAAAUAAAAACAUAAUUGUACAAGAACUAAUAAUGUUUUUCAACAUUUACUUCUACAGUAAUAAUGUUGAGACAACAUCUUUGUCUGUACAUUGCAGUGAAUGUACAGCUUUUUUCUCCUUCAUUCGCUGUUGUCAUUUCUGGUCUCUCUCUCUCUCUCUGAUAUUUAAUUAUUUAAAAUAAUGAAUCACAUCAAUAAAACAAAACUCAUUUUGGCUCUGGUUUCAGCUGGACACCCACAGAACUUCAAAACAGAAAUAUUCCCCACAAAUCACAAAAAAGGUACCUUUUCUGUCUUCCUAUAGUUUUCAAUAGAGAUAGAAGUAGUCUAGGAGAGUGCAUUCUAUUUUCUCUCUGAACGGAAUGCCAUGAAAUACAUUGUUGUGUACUUUUCGUCAUGAAUGCUCAACAACCGUCUAAAAAACGAAGACGAAAUUAGAUGACUGCAUGUCACAUACAGUAUGUCAUACUAAGUCACUAUGAAAUUCUAAAUCAUUGACCUGAAAUGUUUGCUAAGACACCACACUGUGCAUCACCACUUCAUAUGGUGACGCAAACAAACAAACAAACAAUCUGACUCACAAAGACAAUUCACAGCAAUACAAAUAAAUCAAUUAAAUGCAUAAAACAUAUACGCUGGGAGUCAGGAAGCAGGUGCAGAAGGUGAGUUUAAUAAAGAAACGAUACCGAUGAAAAAACAUGAGAAGCGUACAGAACGUGAGAAAAAACUAAACCAAUACUGCCUGAAGACUGUGGCUACUGAGGGCUAAAUAAAGGGGAAGUAAUCAAGGUAAUGAUGAAGUCCAGGUGUGCAUAACGAUGGGGAACAGGUGUGCGUAAUGUGGGUUGCCAGGAACGGUGGUUAGUAGACCGGCGACGUUGAGCGCCAGAGAGAGGGAACGGGAGUAGGCGUGACAAGGUGGUGUUAUCUCUCACAGUAGAGUCGUUUUAUAAAAGAUGGUGUUAUCUAUCACAGUAGAGUAGUUUUAUAAAAGAUGGUGUUAUCUAUCACAGUAGAGUAGUUUUAUAAAAGAUGGUGUUAUCUAUCACAGUAGAGUAGUUUUAAUGUGGGCAGGCUAUUGAGGAUUGUACAAUACCAAGGUCAUUAAGGCAUUCACAUUAAGUCAAGCAGCACGUUCUAUUGUUGAGCAUUUAUACACAUGAAACAGGGGUUCUUUCUAACUAGUGCAUGUCUUGGGAGAUGUUAACGCCUUUUGAUUUCACCUCUGAUAUUAACAAAGCAUGGAUAAUUUUUGUUGUUGUUGCGUGUUGUACGUAUUGUGCAUGUGUCUGUCUGUGCAUUCUUGCAUGGGUGCAUGUGUGUGUGCAUGUCAAUAUACACGUAUGUACUUUAUGAGUUACCCCCACCUUGGUGUAUGCAUUAUGUUGUCCGCCAUGGCUCUUUUUUCCUUUGCUGGUCGUGCCAAAGCUGAGCCAACGAGACAGACGACGACGAAGAGGAGGAAAAGGAAGAACUCUGCCAGCAGCGCCAACAGCAGCGUGGGCAACGCCAACAGUAAGAAGAGAAGCCCUGCCAGCAACUUCAGCCUCUCCAGUCAG